AUGAGGAAUUUCCCGUUGGCGGUCGUUUAUCCUGCCAUGAGGUAUAAUAUCAACGACGAAGUCCACGUGAAAGCAAAAGGAUCUUCGUAUGCCGCAAUCUCAUCCGAGUGGUUCACAUCUCAAUGGUCCUUCUACGAGCAGAUCGUCCUUAAUCACUCGCCUCGAACUAUGGCAAUGAAUGAUUUGGGCGCAACCGCCCUGAGAACUCUCAAGUCCAUCAUCAUCAUGGAGGUGAAUAAGCCGAUCGACAAGGACCUUUUCCUCCAUAAGUUGGCAGAGAAAAAUCUCAUUUCAGAAGCUGAGGAGGAGAAGAUAAAAGAGAUAACGACUUAUAGGAAGGUACUGGACGAGACUUUCUCCAUUCUCCUCACAAAGAAACCGCUCCCGACUUACAUCAAUCUCCAACGGAUACUGAAAGAAAUGAAGAGGGAUGACAUCCUUGAUAAGUUCUUGCGCAACCGUCGAAUAUUCCUCCUGAGGUUUCGCAACAGAGUUAUUUCUGCUCACAUUUCGGUGGGAAUCAUUACACCUGCGGGGCGAAUGGUGAUAAGAGUCUUUGAUUAUGCGUACCGUGUCUCAGUUGUCAUUCACCGGUGGAAAGCCAACAUGAUGACGAUGUUGCUCUUGUGGAUUCUCUUUGUUGGUACUGCCCUCGGGCAGAUGAUGGAGUUCAGAGGUGCCUGGGUUGCAACCGUCCAAAACAUCGACUGGCCCAGUCAACCGGGAUUGGAUAGUUCUGUCGCUCAAUCGGAACUAAGCGACAUCUUAGACUUGAUGGAGGUCCUAAAUAUGAACGCCGUCUUCUUUCAAGUCCGACCGCAUGGGGACGCCAUGUACGAGUCCGAUUUGGAACCGUGGAGUAGCUAUCUCACAGGAACCGCUGGAGAGGCACCAUCACCGUUCUGGGAUCCGCUGGACUUCUUUGUGAAUGCUGCACACUCCAGGGGGAUUGAAGUUCACGCCUGGUUGAAUCCAUACAGGGGAAACAUGCGGAGUAGCACUAAUGACCUUCCUGAUGACCAUCCGUGUGUUGUUUACAAUGAGUUCUGUUAUCCAUACGGAAACUACAUGUGGAUGGAUCCAGGAGCAGCUGUUGUAGCCGAUCAGACCUACAAUGUCGUCAUCGACAUCACCACUCGCUAUGACGUAGACGGUAUUCACUUCGACGACUACUUCUAUCCGUACCCUGUCGACGGUGUGCCUUUCCCGGACGAUGCAACCUAUGAUGACUACCUUUCUGGAGGAGGCCAGAUGGGAUUAGCCGACUGGAGACGCGAUAAUGUCAAUCGCCUCAUGCAACGAUGCUACAAUGGAAUCAAAGCGGUCAAGCCCAACGUCAAAUUUACACUUUCACCGUUCGGGAUUUACCGCCCUUGCGAAGAGAACGGAAUGCCCUGUGACAUCGUCGGCUUCGAUCCCUACGACGGACUGUACGCCGACGCCCUGUGGUGGCUCCAAAGCGGCUGGGUGGACGCGAUGAUCCCGCAGCUUUACUGGAGAGACCAACCUGCUGCUCAGAGUUAUUCCACCUUGCUCGAAUGGUGGAUAUCUCCAGAAGUCAACACGAGGGGACGUCACAUCUACGCAGGAAACGCUCUGUACCGGAUCGACGAGCAAGACUGGCCGAUCAGUGAAAUCAGAAAUCAAAUUGAAAUUUCUCGAAGUCUCAGCUCCCAACUUUCACUCGGCAACGUUCAGUUCAGUUUCAACGUACUCCAGGCUAAUACCAAGGGUGUGACAGACAUGUUCAGAAAUGAGCUCUACAAUCAGCCUGCUGUUGUGCCACCAAUGCCUUGGUUACCUUAAAUUGAUUCUGAAAUAAAACUGCCAGAAUCUUGG